AUGCCGCCAUUCAUGUCACGAUUAAUGCGCCACUUCUCCACCACUACCCCCUCCCUCCCAGUAACACCAGAAUCACUUGCAGCCCGCGGCUUUCCCGAAAACGCCCAAGUAGCCACGAUCGCUGCUGGUUGUUUCUGGGGCGUGGAACACCUCUACCGGCAAAAUUUCGGUAGCGGAAAGGGGCUCCUAGAUGCCAAAGUUGGAUAUUGCGGUGGGGAUACGACGCAUCCGACUUAUCGGAGUGUUUGCACUGGGGAAACUGGCCACGCCGAAGCCCUUAGAAUAAUUUUCGACCCGUCUCUUGUUACGUAUCGCCAACUCCUCGAAUUCUUCUUCCGCAUGCAUGACCCCACCACCCUGAACCGACAAGGUGGAGAUGUAGGGACACAAUAUCGCAGCGCAAUAUUCACACACGGCGAGGAGCAGCAGAAAAUCGCCGAGGAGAUCAAGGAAAGGGUGGCUAAGGAGUGGUGGAAGCGGCGCGUUACGACCCUCGUUGUUCCGGCGGACCAAUGGUGGGAUGCGGAAGAUUAUCACCAGCUAUAUUUGGACAAACAUCCUGGUGGAUAUGAGUGUCCCGCUCAGUGA